CAGAGUCUCUCAUGGGUCCCUGUACGGCCUCCCAUUGCUGCUGUCUCCAUCGCCACACUCUGCCAUGUGCCACUUUCAGGUCUCCUCACACACUGCUGGGUUCCAUUUUGUCAUAAGGUGCUGGCAGAUUACAGGCCACCCAUAGGUGCUGCCAGGCCCCAAAUCUGCCAUGGGCCCCCGUACCGCCUGGUCACGCUGCUGCUGGCCCACAGUGUGACCUGGGUCCCUGUACCGCCUCCCAUUGCUCCCACUCUGCCAUGUGCCACUUUCAGGUCUCCUCACACUCCUGCUGGUUUCCAUUUGUCAUAGGUUGCUGUAUGGCCUCCCAUUGCUGCUGCCUCCACCGCCACACUGUGGCUCCAAACACUGUUUUGGCCCCGUGACUGGCCAAAGGAGUGA